AUGGCUUUCCGCGGGAUGGAGUCUCUUGAUGAGACCUCUUUCUUUGACUUUGCUCCUACCUCUCCCACAUUCUCGGACGCUAUUAGCAUUGUCGAGGUUGAUUCUAUCAAUAGCAUUGGAACUGCUCCUCUUGAGUCUGACGGAGAGCAUCCACUCUUUGAAAUGAGUGUCAUCCUUUGCACUGCGGGGUAUGAUCAUACCAUCCGCUUCUGGGAAGCGCUGUCCGGUAUCUGCUCGCGCACCAUCCAACACCCGGACUCCCAGGUCAAUCGCCUGUGCAUCACUCCGGACAAGCGAUUCCUCGCGGCCGCAGGCCACAAUAAUGUCAAGCUGUUUGACAUCAAGUCGACCAAUCCCAACCCUGUGAUUACCUUCGAGGGUCACACCAACAACAUCACCGGUGUCGCCUUCCACUGUGAGGGAAAAUGGAUGGUCACUAGCUCCGAGGAUGGAACUGUCAAGGUUUGGGACACCCGUACCGGUAGUCUCCAGCGCAACUAUGUCCACCGCGCCGCCGUCAACGACGUCGUCAUCCACCCCAACCAGGGCGAGCUUAUCAGCGGUGACCAUGCCGGAAUGGUCCGUGUCUGGGACUUGGGCGAGAGUGUUUGCACCCAUCAGCUGAUCCCCGAGGAUGACACUGCUGUCCUGAGUGUUAGCGUUGCUAGCGAUGGAUCUCUGCUGUGCGCUGGAAACAAGAAGGGAAAUGUCUACCUCUGGCGCAUGGUCCAGACUGACGAGACCACUCGUAUCAUCCCUGUUUGCACCUUCCAGGCCCACAAGGAUUACCUCACCCGCGUUCUGCUCUCUCCUGACGUGAAGCAUCUGGCCACCUGCUCUGCCGACCACACUGCCAAGGUCUGGAACCUUGAUGCAGAUUACCUUCCUGCCAAGGCCGUCCUCAAGCAGUGGAAGGAAAAGGAGGCCCAGAACCCCCCUGCGGAACCCCAGGCCGAAGCCCCAACUCCCGCCACUGAGACUCCUACCCAGUCCCGCGAUUUGUUGCGCAUCUUCGACACUCCCGCUCAGGACCGUGACCUUCUCCGCAUCACCGAUAACCCUCCCCGCCAGGAGACCCCUCAGCAAACUUUCACCUCGUCCCCCGAUGGCCCUCCCAUGGACCCAGUCAACCACACCCUGUUUCUGGAGACCACCCUCGCCAACCACCAGCGUUGGGUCUGGGACUGUGCUUUCUCUGCCGACUCGGCUUACCUAGUGACCGUCUCCAGUGACCACUACGCUCGUCUGUGGGAGCUGAGCACCGGAAACAUUAUCCGCCAGUACAGUGGCCACCACCGUGGUGCCGUGUGUGUUGCCCUGAAUGAUUACUCUGAGCCUCGCUAA